UGAAGACUUUUGGUAUACCCAGUACUAAGGGCGGGUAGGAGGCAUGGCCAAACAUUCCCACAUUAUGGUUUAUAUAUUAAAGCUUGUUUAUUCAGGGAUUGAGUUUGAAGCAGACAGUGCGGCCUUAGACAGUAUUCUCAACGACACUGGCAUACAGGUACCUGUGUCUGUACCAGGGAGCGUGUCCAGACACACCAUAGCUACAGCAAUGAGGCGUACAAGCAGUAUGGCCCCUCCAGCUAGGGUCCCAGUGAAGGAGUUCCAGAGAGCCUGUGAGGAAGUUCUGAACAAGGGCAGCCAGCCAGCCCCCAAACGACAAAGACUAGAGAAGGAAACUUCUGACAAUAGCAACUAUAACUUAAAGCUGACACCAUCCAAGACAGACUUUUGCUCCAAGUUUGAUGUUCAGAAAUCCAGUCUGUUUAAACAAGACACAAAUCCCUUUGGAAGGCCCAGCUUAUAUAACCCGAGUAGACCUGUAGCUGAUGAGAGCAACCCUUUUACUGUACCCAGUCGACCAAGUCUUGCACAGCAGGUGUGGAAAAGGAAGAAUCAGGACUCUGGUGCCCCUGCUGUGGUGAAAACCGAGUCGUCAGCACAACCAGAUAUACCCAGAACAUCUUCCACUGAAAGUUCACAAUCAUGGACCCCAUUUUCUAGACGUUUCAGUCUAGCAGCUCGUAACUUCGCCCAGGAUGGUGCACCCACCAAUGGUCGGCUGAGUAUUAGUGCGAUGACACCUCGAAGAGUGCCCUAAACCGAGGGCGAUAGAAAAGGCAUGGCCAUAGCAACUGGAAGUGUGUCAUCAUGUUUUGGUUCAAAUGCAGUGGAAGACUCCUUGAAAGUGCCUAUAAAAGAUGAAAAAGACAGACAAUUAAUUGAUACUCGCACUGCUGGCACUUGUGUGGAAAGCUGGUCUCCAUUCUCCAAAAGGACCAGCCUUGCAGCCAGACAGGAGAAUCCAGCUCCAAAUGUUGGGAUUGGGGGACCGAGCUUAGGUGUGAGUUCAAUGACACCCAGGCGUGUCCCUAGAAGUGACAGUCUGCCGAGUGUUACUAAAAACUACAUGCCGUCAGUGGGUCGAAUUAGUUUGGCCAUGCAGACUCCACUGAGGGUUGUCAAAGAGGAGAGAGCGGAUGAAGACGACGGGGAUGCUGAAGAUUUUGAAGACAAGCUAGCUACAAAACUAGAGUUUGGAGAUUGUAAUGGGGAAUCCACUGAUGAGAGACAAAUUGAGGCUCCAGUCACUCCCAGCAACUUGUGGGGGAUCGGCAAUACUGUAAUUUUGAAAAAAGAUGGCAAUUUAUCAAGGGAACUUUUUGCAAGACACAUUCAAAGCUACACGCCCAAAGGCACGCCAUCAAGGGUUCCAAGACAACCCAACACACCCCAGACAACUCCACCUGCAAGGGUUCCAAGACAACCCAACACACCCCAGACAACUCCACCUGCAAGGGUUCCAAGACAACCCAACACACCCCA